AUGACAACAUCACCGCAAGCUGAACCUCUGACAAGAAGAGUUUCAGUUCCAAGUUUAAGGAUAUCAACAAAAAAUUCCAAUGCAGCUGUUGAAGAAUCGUUGAAAACUUAUAAAUUAUUAGAAGCGCUUCGAACAGGAGACACAACAGCAUUACAGGCAAUAAUAUCAACAUAUACACCUCUAGCUCCCUCAACGCCAAAUUCAAUCAACAGCACCAGUGCUUCUUUCACCUCACAACAUAAUUCACCAUCACCGUUAAUAUUAGGAGUUCAAUGUGCCUCAACCAAUACGAUAGAAUUUAUUAUAGCGAACUUUUUAGGCAAACAUAUUGAUAUAAAUCAAAAAGAUCAUUUAGGAAACACAGCAUUGCAUUAUGCUUCAAAAGGGGGUAGAAUUGAUGUUAUUGAAUUAUUAUUAAAGCAAAAAAAUAUUGAUGAUACUAUAGUGAAUGUGGAUGGUAAACAAAUUAUUGAUUUAGCUAAAAAUCAGGAAAUUGCUGAUAUUUUACAAGCAAAUAGGGACGAAUUUGUUGAGCAUUCGGCAUCUUUGUUUAAACAGUAUGUAAUGGAUUCAAAUUAUUCAGGAUUACAUAGUUUAUUUUCAGAUCCAAGAGCAGCAGCAUUAGUAGACUUAAAUCAUCAAGAUCCUUCUACGGGGGCAACAUUAUUACACGAUUCCGCACGUAAAAGGGAUGUAGACAUGGUAAAAUUUUGUAUUGAACAUGGAGCAGACGUAAGUAUAAGAGAUCGUAAGGGAAAGUUGGCAAUAGAAGUAACGAAAGAUGAAAAUAUCAAAUUAUUGUUAAAAAAUAUUACAGCCACAACAUCAAUCAUUACUGCACCGGAAUCUAAUCAACCACCAAAAUUGAAAGGAUAUUUAAAUAAAUGGACAAAUUAUGCUGGUGGAUAUAAAAAUAGAUGGUUCGUAUUAGAAAACGGUAUUCUUUCAUAUUUUAAAAAUCAAGAUGAUACAGGACAUUCAUGUAGAGGUAGUAUAAAUAUGAAAAUAGCAAAAGUAUCUAUAGAUUCUUCUGAUAGACAAAGAUUCGAUAUCAUAGGGAAAGGAAGUGUAAGAUAUCAUUUGAGAGCUAAUCAUCCAUCUGAAGCAAAAAAAUGGACCAUUGCUUUAGAUCAAUCCAUUCAAUGGCAACAACAACAAAUUCGAAGAGCAAGUUUAGCUACUGAAGAUGGAGGAAUAAUUUCUCCCACUUCACGUAAUAUAACAGGAGAAAUUAAACCCGGAGGAGAGGAAAUAAGAGAUGAUGUUAGAGUUGGGAGAACUGAAAGUAUUUCUCAACAAAAUAAUGAACAAACUUCAAGAUCAAGAUCACCAUCAGAUGAUAGUUUAGAAGUAGAAACAAUACCAUAUGAAGAUUCAUAUCAAAUGACAAUCAGUUCAGCAAAAGCACAAUUUUCUUUGCAAAACCAAUUAUUAGAAUCAUUAUUUACGAUAUUACCAUCACGAAUCUCGUUAAAAGAUGGUUUAAAUGAAACAAAAGAAGUAGCAUUAUUGGAAACGUUCAGUAAAUCAUUAAAUUUAUUACAAAAUUUUGUUGAAGAAAUUUUAAGAAUGACAGAAGAAAGAGAAGAAUAUUGGAAUAAAAAGUUAUCGAAAGAAUUAGAAAUCAAAAGAUUAUGGGAACAAAGUAUGAAAGAUUUGUUUAUUGAACGUAACGAAAUGGAACAAAUUAUACAAGAUAAUGUUAAAGAAGAAAAAUUGAGAAAGAAACAAUUAAAAUUGAUGUCUCCAACUACAAGCUCGGCAGAAGGUUCUCUCAAGGCUCUAAAAACAUGCAUUCAACAAUCUAGCGAGGUGGAAUUGGAAAGAAGUGCACAAAUUUCGCGAAGUGUGGAUUUAUCUAUUAUUACCGAAGGGUUAUCUAUUAAAACAAAUUUAGAACAACUACAACAUCAAGUUCAAUCUGAACAUUAUAAUUUGGCUUCUUCAAAGUCUCUGGCGGAUGAAUAUGGUUCAGAUGAUGAAUUUUAUGAUGCAUUUGAUGAUGGUGGUUCGGUUAAUGAAGAUAUUCAUAAGCUAGCUACAAAAGUGUCUUUAGAAGGGGUUAGUCCACCUGGUCCCACCUCACUGCAGCCUUACAUAUCUAAUUCAUAUUCAGGAUAUCCAGAUCGCAUUAGAGAUAGAUUGCCAUUAGAUCAAAAAUCAUUGAGACCUGAAGUAUCAUUAUGGAAUAUAUUGAAAAAUAGCAUAGGAAAAGAUUUAAGUAAAAUUACAUUACCUGUUUAUUUUAAUGAACCUACUAGUAUGUUACAGCGUAUGGCUGAAGAUAUGGAAUAUAGUGAAAUAUUAGAUGUUGCUAGUAGACAACAAAGUAGUACCGAAAGGAUUUUAUAUGUUGCUGCUUUUGCUAUGAGUAAUUAUUCUAGUACUGUUGGUAGAAUUGCUAAACCAUUUAAUCCGUUGCUGGGAGAGACAUACGAAUAUGUUAGACCUGAUAAAGCAUUUAGAUACAUUUCGGAACAAGUUAGUCAUCAUCCACCUAUAAGUGCGUGUUAUUGUGAAUCUCCGAAUUAUGAUUUUUUUGCAGAGGUAAAUGUAAAAUCAAAAUUUUGGGGAAAGUCAUUUGAAAUAUUGCCGCAAGGUGUAUCACACGUAAAUUUAAAAGUAUCAAAUGAUUAUUGGCCAAAAUCUUUAUCUGAUACAUUAAAGAAACCAGCAAAUGGUAAAGAAUCAGCAUUUAUGGAACAUUAUUCAUGGAAAAAAGUUACUACAUGUGUAAAUAAUUUAAUUGUUGGUACACCGUGGAUAGAUCAUUAUGGUGAUAUGAUUAUAACAAAUCAUUUAACUGGUGAUAGAUGUGUGCUCACUUUCAAAGCAAGAGGUUGGAGAGGCAAAGACGCUUUUGAAAUUAGAGGUUAUGUGAAGGAUGGUGAAGUUGACAAGGAAAUUUGGGAAAUUGCCGGUAAAUGGAAUGAAAGAUUAGUCGCUAGAUGUUGUGGGGUUAAUUUAAAUAAUACAAAUGAAGUCGAUUUGGGUAGCGAUAAAGCUGCUGAACAUGCUUAUCAACAUACUACGGGAUAUAGUAAAAGUAGUAAUAAUUUAGCCGGAGGAGUGCCUGUGACACCAACGACACCAACAAGCAAGAGACCUAUUAUUCUAUUAUGGAAAAAAUCUCCUACACCUGAAGAACCUAUACCAUUUAAUUUAACUCCCUUUGCCAUAACGUUAAAUGAUUUACCUGACAGUUUAGUACCUUGGAUAGCUCCUUCUGAUAGUCGAAUGAGACCUGAUCAAAGAGCUAUGGAAUUAGGUAAUUAUGACUUAGCUAGCAUUGAAAAAAAAAUUGAGAGAGAUACUGGUGAAUCAUAUUGGGAAUUUAAUCACGAAUAUUGGAAAGAGCGUAAUCGUGCUGGUAAAGAAAAGGUUGAAGGCAGCGGGCAAGGCAAAUGGACUAUUGAUGAUGAUAUAUUUUAA